AAAGUCAAAGUCAAACAUAGUGACAUGUUUGGUUACGUCAUGGACGGGUAAAUAAAAAAAUUACGUUUAUUGACGAGCGAAGAAUUAUUUGGUGAAAAGUUAUUGAAAAUCAUUUAAUCGUAAAUCUAAAUCAAUGUGUGAGAAUUAAGGCCAUCAUCAUGGAUUUCUUGACGGUGGACCGUCAGGUGUCUACCUCUUCGGAGAAAAAGGCGGAUGAAUCUGAAGCCAAUGAAGAUCUUGAGGUGGACAAUUCAAAGAGUGUGCUGCUCAAGAUAGCGACCCUGUAUGCCGAGCAGCUGAUGAGUGAUCUGAUCUUGGAGGUGGGAGGAGUGGGGUACCCGGCCCAUCGGCUCAUACUGUGUGCCAGUAGUGAAGUAUUUCAGGUGAUGUUGAUGAACCGUGAGUGGAGCGAGUGGCGGGAGAGUCGCAUCGUGCUGCAGGAGACUCCCACUGCUGCCUCCGUGUUCCCACACUUCCUUAAGUAUUUUUAUACUGGCCAGAUUAGAAUAUCACAUCAUACAGUGUUGCCAGUGCUUUCUCUUGCCGACAAGUAUAAUGUUAAGGAUCUAGUCACGCUCUGCCUGGGCUACAUGUCGCAGCACAUCGCGCAGGCCGCCAAGCGCGGGCAGCUCAUCUCCUGGAUGCAGUACACCAUGGCGUGUGGACAUAAUGACGUCGCUAAGGUAACAAUACCUGACUUGUUCCCACAGGAUCCAGUGACGCUCUGCCUGGGCUACAUGUCGCAGCACAUCGCGCAGGCCGCCAAGCGCGGGCAGCUCAUCUCCUGGAUGCAGUACACCAUGGCGUGUGGACAUAAUGACGUCGCUAAGGAAUGUCAGAACUUCGUGAAGUGGAACUUGGAGUGGGUGUGGUCUGACAGCGACCUGAGCGAGCUGGAGGGCGAGACGCUGGUGCAGCUGCUGCAGCAGAGCGACCUCGUGCUGCACAACGAGAUGAGUGUCUACAGGUUCGUAGUACGGUGGUUGAACCAGCAGCGCGAGCGUCUGUCCGCGUCCGACUUCACGGAGGCCGAGUUCAAGACCCACUGGGAGUCUCUUGUUGCUGCCGUCUUCUCUCAUGUCAGAUUCCCCAUGAUGUGUCCCAACCAGCUGGCUAAGCUACUGCUCUGCCCGCUCACGCAGGAACACAAAGACUUCUUCAUGGAGAGGAUGGCCAUCGCCAUGAGCUAUCAGUCAGGUCAAUACGAGCGCGUAUCAGAAGUCCAGCAAACAGAAGCGGGCCGCAUGCUAUUCACGCCCCGCCUCUACACCGAAGACACGUGGGGCUCCGUCCUCGCAGUAGACAACUUCCACUCGCUGCCCUGCUACCACACCCGGACCUUCAUCUUCAGCACCAGACCUUCCAUAGCUGAUGUAGCUCCUCAGGAUAAGCUGACGGAGUGGACGGUGGACUUGUAUCCGAAAGGAGUGUGGUUUAGGAAGAGCUUGCUGAUCGUGUGGGCGGGGACUUAUGAUGUGCCGGAAGUUGUAUUGCGGACGGUGCGGAUAUCUAUCACGUGUCAGAACUGCCCCGAGUAUACCGUCAACCAGUAUGGCGAGACUGAACAGUUGGAACCUGAUGUCAGGGUUAAGAUCGGUAUUCUAGUGUGGGGCGUUCAGAAAGGAGUGGAACAUGUCUCCUCCGUCGUAGAACGAGUCCAUCGGUUUUCACCACAAAACAGAGUGCUGAACAUAGACGGCGCUUUGGACUUCGACGAGCUGAACACGCCGCUGUACUCGCCCGCGCCCAAGCGGGACCUGUCGCCCGCGCCGCCCACGCACAAGUACAGCGCUUGUAACACUGGAAGUAAGCGUUGUUCCAAGUGUUCGGAUACCUGCGACUUCCCUGAACCGAAACACCUGUUGGGACCUAACAAGGAUCAGCUGCGGAUACAAGUAGUAAUAGUUCCGCUAACGGACUACUGCCACGUGAGCUCGAGCGAGGCGGCGCAGGGAUGACGUCACAAUAUCGCGCACUCGCUCUGCCGCCCGUCCGCCGGGCACGAGUGAACGAGACAACUAUAUUUCUCUCAGUUUCAGCUUUAUCGCAAGAGAUGAAGGUGAAUAGAUGUUGGUAAAGUAUGUUUGUUAACUCUGCCUUGCUUGUAUAGUUUGAUUAUAAAGACAGAAAUACUGCUUAAUCUAUCUUAUCUACUUUAAUUUAAUAAGAGGAAACAUUUUUUUCUUUGCACAGGCUUCGAAAUUUCGAACUGAAUUUACUUGAAAAAUUAUUUUACUGUUGGGAAACUAUAUAUACUAUAUUAUCCCGUUACGGGAAGAAGUUCCCCCAGGACGCGGGUGAACGAGUUACAUUAGCUAUAUUUUAUUCGGGUGCAGAAAGUAGAGCCUCAUAGCUGGUAUAUAAAAUGUGUUUCUGUCUCUGUCUUACGAUAGUUAUAACCAAUAGUGGGAAGGUGACAAGCAUACUUUUAAGCAAGAACAUCUAUUCAUAUCUUUGUCUCGUUUAGCCACUGAGUUUGUUAAGUACAUUAAUUAUUAGAAAUAUUUUUACACCAUAUUGUUUAAAUAUGUUUCGUUGAAAAUAUUUAAAUAUUUUUUUAAAGAAUUUUAAGUAUAAUUUAUAUAUUAUGUUAGCUGAAAGAAUGGUGUAAAUUAUUUUAGUUAAUGAAUAGAAAAUUUUGCAAAAAAACCCCGGUGUGUUACCGGGUGACUUUGGUUAAGCUUGCUAGGUUAAUUUUAUUAGCCUGAUAAUUUAGAUAAAAUAUAAAUGUAAAUUAUUAUGUUUGAACGAGGCUAGAUAAACGACUGGGUUAAGCAAGGUCUAUUUGAGGUUAUGAACUCAUAGUCCAAUGCUUAGUAUUGUUGAAGUAAGGAUUUUAAUGUGUUAUGUAUUUACUGUGGGUCGCAUCACUUACCUAUAAUGCUAACCGAACCAUUUUCAGUUGUCAAAUCGCCGAUGUGACCAAUGUAAGCAAGUAUACGGCUGGUUAUGGUUUGGUUAUAGUUACAUGGUGUAACACCCUUACUGUAUUAAUAUUAAAAUUCUAGAGUAAUAAAUGUCAGAGUUUGGGCUCUUUUUAAACCAUAUUGAUGUACUUAAACACAUGUUAAGCCAUUAUUGUCUGAAUUUGAUCGAUUUUCAAGUCUGUAUUACUAAAUUGAAUUACUUGAUUGGCUUUUUUAUAAUCUGUAUCAUAAUUAAAAUGUAUGUUCUUGAAGUAAUUCGAUCAUUGUUACUAUUGUAGAACGGUUAUGUUUUUGAGCCCUUAUAAUUAUUUUUACAUUGUCUGGUAGCUAAACCUAAUUUAUAUUUGUUAAAAUGUUAUUGCUCUCGAUGUAAACCUUUUUGGUGUAAUAUCUCGGUGUUGGUGAAAUUCAUUAGUGUUGCCAUUAAUCAAAAAUAAAAAUAUCACAGAUAAGUAUAAAAUGAUAAUUGCGUAUGAAUGAAAAUUUAAUUUAAUAUAAUAAUGUUACAUAAUAAUUCAAUCAAUGUAAUAUGUAGAUCAAUUUAUUGCCAGCCUAAUAUUUAUGUUGUAAUAUUCUGUUAUUUGAGGUCUAGUUUUUUAAACCUCUUUUUAAUAUUUCUUAAACUGUUUUUGGAGCUUAGGUACGCCGAAAUAUAUUUUAUGUUACUUUGCAGCGCUCCAUCUUUGUGUAAAUAAAUUGUUUUAGUUUUAAAACAAUGGCGUCAUUUAUUUAUAUAUAUCUGUAACCAUUUCAGUCAGUUAUAUUGGAAGACGAGCGCACGAAUUCUACACGUAUCUUGUUGGCUCAAUUUUUUUGACAUUUAAAUCUUCAAUGUGAAAGGAAUAUGGAGAUUCUUACUGUUCAUUAUAAUUAUUAAUAUUUCGUAUCAUCAUUUUAUUGAAUUUGUCUCAAAAUAGCUUCAGCGUGUUGUUUUCGGCCCCACGUUCACAAUCUAAAAAAUCCGGGACUCCAUAGUCCUGUGGUUUGGCCGAGACAUAUGAACCAAUUCAAGCAGGUUGUAUUUGCUAUAAGUUUAUAAUUUACAACUCAUGUUCUUAGCUCAGAGCGUUAAAACUGGAUACUCGCACAAAAUGUGUAAUUUCUUUCAUUUGUUUUACCUAAACCCGCUGUUGGAGUAUAUUAUUCAGUGAUCAAAUGCAGCGUACAGAACUUUCAUUGUAAAUCCCUGAAUUUGACUCCCAAUCUAAGUGAACAUUAUGUGAAUCCUAUAUUUUUUAAUUGGUUUAAAAAGAAUUUGGUGUCCCAGUUUAAAAUCUCUUUAUGGGUGUUUCCAGUCUUAUCGAUUGAUCGACGUCGAAAAUAUCGAUCCAUGGCAUCAAUCGAUAGGUCUGGCAACACUCAGUUAUGCUGUAUAUUAUUAUGUGCAAUAUUAAUUGUCCUAUUAUACUGUUCGCUGCAGUAUUAUUUUGUCUGUUCGUGCGUAAUUUGUUGUAAACGUUUGGACUUGAAUAUUAUAAGUUUGAAAUAUUUUAAA